CAUAACAUGCUUCAAGUUGCCCUGGUCUAGAUCUAUGCUAUACACCCCGCGCGUGUGCCCCAUCUAUUUCACCAACGCCGACCAAGCCACCGGGUCGAUACGACUGCCGGCUGAGAGCGGCCCCAGACGAUACCAGUGGGGAGUGAGCGGCCCGAGACGAUACCAGUGGGGAGUGAGCGGCCCGACGCUGUUUAUCGACGUAAGCGCUCAACCAGACGCCGCGUAAAGGAGAGAGAGAGAAAGAACAAAAAAAACAUAUACAAGAAAAAAAAACAAUCUAUGAAAGGGGGGACUAAGACAAAAUGGUGGCGGGUCCUUCGUAUGACACAGCCGUGCUGUUCUAACAGUUCCGUGUGUAUUUAUUUCACCAUUUCACUGCGACGGCUGAUUCCGGAUCAUUUGUGGGUAUGCGAUACCCACCAUAUCUAUUAUGUGUACUUGAUUCGUAGGAGUGGUUCCAGGAGUGAUUUUGUAAGAUUUUAUCACAGCAGACGACUGUUUUACAUAUUUCCGACAGAACGUACCAAAAAAUGUGGCCAGUUCAAAGUAAUUAUCUGAUAAAAACGAGGAUGCUUUCUCAAACAUAUGUUAGGUCUUUACGGUGAUGACAAUAAAAGUAACCAGAUUUUUUUUUUAACAAAUAAAAUUUGCUCAAGGAAAUUAUUUCAAGAGAGAAUUGAACAAAUUAUAAUGCUUUGUUCAAGGAUCUUAUGUUCCGAGGAUAUUGUUGAAUGUAGCCGUGUUUUGUGGAUGUGUUUGUCACAGAAUUUAUAGCUGUGAAGAUUUACACUGUGAAAGCUAUGAUUCGGAAUAGGAAGUUUCCGGUGAAAACUUUCAUGUUAUAGCUGCAGACUACGAAGUUGAUUGCUGGGAUAUAAAAAAAAAUGGCGACGCUUUCGAGUCCGGACAGUGACGACCCCUUGGGCAUCGGUCGAAAGCUGGGCAUGCACCACCACUGCCCUCACAUCGUCAUCAGCGGCAGCGGCAGCAAUAACAACAACAACAACAACAACAACAACACCGUCAAAAACUACCAGCACGACCCGCUGGCGCACCGGCACGUGGAGGAGAACAUCGAGACGUUUCUGGAGACGUUCAAGCACAAGACGUGGUGCGUGGACUCUUCCAAGGGCGGACUGCUGGAUCGUCGGCCCAGCUCGGACUCUGGAGACUCUUCCACCGGCUGGACCAGCUCGAUCCUCUCCACCACCGACGACCUCUCCACGGACAGCCCCGAACGAGACGGCGACCUUCCACCCGGGGCCGUGGGCGGCACCGCGUCCUGGAUCGACCGGGAAGGCAUCAUCGCGGAGAGCCGGCGUAUCGCAAGGUGGGCUUGGCGCCAGGCUCGCUUUGCGGGGAGCCAGGAGACGCCCUGCGCUUGUUCCUAUCAUCCACCCCAUCCUUUCAGCCACGAUGUUAUGAACGAGUAUGUGAUAAUUGAAUCAAAAGAUGAGCCCCCAGGCAGUGCUAUGGACGAGACAUCGCAGCAGUACAAGGUGAUCGAUGUAGCUCCACUUCUGCAGACUAAAUAUGCCGUUCUGUCAGGUGGGAAAGCCAAGAAUGGGGCACCUAUAAUGACCUUUCCUUCUCGGCCUUCCCUGGCCGAGGUCUCAGACGAGGACUACGGCAAAGUUGUGACGUAUCUAUGCGGAAUAACUCCACUCCAUGAAUCAGAAGCAGGCUUUGUGAUUGUGAUAGACAGAAGACAGGACAGCUGGGGAGCGGUAAAAGCCAUUCUACUCAAACUAUCUGCUUUCUUCCCCGUGCACAUCCAAGUUGUAUUUUUACUCCAGCCAAAAGGUUUUUUCCAAAGGGCGUUUGCUGAUUUUAGAUCAAAAUUUGUUAAAGAAGAAUUAGAAUUCAAGGUUGUACUUUGCGAUGCCACUAAAGAUAUAGAAGACUAUGUGGAAGUAAGCAACCUGACCUCUGAUGUUGGCGGGGAGCUUGAGUUUGAUGCUAACGAGUGGACAGAGCAUAGAUCGGCUGUGGAAAAGUUCUCCAAAAACACAGCUCAAAUUUCCACCAAUCUUUCAGCAGUUGUCAAGAAAAUGGAAGAGAGAGAACUACCCAAUGAUGUCACUGGUACCGAGGCCAUUUUAAGAGUGUGUAUGGCAGAGAGGAAAGAACUGUUGGAGGACAUAGACAGUGCCUCGGCCCACGGAGAAACGUUGCUCAAGUGUAUUAAGGGAGAUAAUCCAAGCACUCCGCUGACUAAGCUCUGUCAUGUUCUAGAAUUAGAAAGAUUACUUGUUCAGCUUCAUGAGAGUCGAACAGGUUUUGGGGAGUUCUGGCUGCGUCAUGAAGCCAAGUUGAAGCAAUGUCUCACAGUGCGCAAAUUUGAGGAAGAAUUCAAACUUAUUCAGUUCACCAUGGAGAGACGUCAGGAAACUCUGGAAGCACAGAUGAACGAGUUAGGUAGCUCAGUCAUGCUAGUAGAGCAAUUGAUCCACGACUUUGAUCAACUGGAAGAAGCUUCACAAAAAGACUUGGACCAGGCAGAGAGGAUGAGAAGCAGAGGCCAACAACUCAUGAUGGAUGAGCACUACGCAGUCGACUCCAUCCGGCCCAAAUGCAUCGAGCUCCAGCGCAUGUGUGAGCAGUACAAGGAGCUGCUGCGUAAGCGCAGAGAGAUGCUGACCAAGUCACACGACCUCCAAGAUAGACUAGACAGGGCCAACAAGUGGUGCUCCAAUGGUGUGGAUCUACUGGCCAGUCAACAAAUUGACAAGUUUCAGACAGCCCAAGGAGCGCAGUCAGCUCUUCAAGAGAUUGAGAAAUUCCUGAAAACUUCCAGGGAGCUGAAACUGAGCAACCCCAAAGAGUUCAGGCUCCUGUUUGACUCCUUAAUGACUGCUGACACCAGGGGGACUGUCCAGCAAGUUCUCAAAAGAAUGGAAGAUGUUCAAGGGAUGUGUGAGAAGAGACGGGUCAGUCUGAAACAGAUCAUUGACCCACGACCUCGGCCGGUGCAGCCGGUUAACCCCGAGCCUGCAUCUGUGCCCCACCCUGCCCCUGGGUACUCCCAGCGAGAGCUGAGGGAAAGCCAGUUAUUCAAACCUUCCAUGGAUGAAGUGGACUCUACCCCUCUGGGCCACCAGAGGAAGGCCUCCGAUGGGAAAAGGCCACCUGUGUCUUUGGAGAAAAGUGUCAGGUAUCGGCCAGAGGCUGGUGGACAACCACCAUCAAGGGUUCUCAGUAAUGCCAGUGAUUUCUCGACCACUGCUGGAAUCAUGGUCAGCCGGUCAGCGUCAGAUGUCUCGUCGUCCGCGUCAACUGUCGGGACACAGCACAGCUCCAUUUCUUCCAUGUCCAUGUCUUCAUUUCCUGAGUCUGAGGGUGUCCAGACAAGGAGCCAUGUAAUGAAUGAAUUAAUAGAAACUGAAGAAGCUUAUGUGAAUGAGUUAAAUGAAAUUCUACAGGGGUACUACACAAAAAUGGAAGACAGAUCUCUCCAGAUGAUGAUACCACCUGCUCUGCUAGGCCAGAGAAAUGUCCUGUUUGGAAACUUACAACAAAUUUACAAUUUUCAUAAAGAUAUAUUUCUUCAUGAACUGAAAGCCUGCCAGGACUGCCCCUCUCGAGUGGGAAAAUGUUUUGUUAACAGAAAAGAAGAGUUCCAGAUGUACAGUAUUUAUUGUCAAAACAAACCAAAGUCAGAAGCGCUGAGAGUAGCAGUCGGGGACAACAACCCUUUCUUUAAGGAAUGCCAGAGACAGUUGGGUCACAGAUUACCUCUUGGUGCCUACUUACUGAAACCUAUACAAAGGAUCACCAAAUACCAACUUUUGUUGAAAGAGAUGCUGAGAACGACAUCUGGUGGUGACAGCUCAGAACUUUCCUCAGCUCUCAAGGAAGCCCUGGACACAAUGCUGUCUGUGCUGGCCUAUUUGAAUGACAGCAUGCACCAGGUCUCCAUUGUAGGGUAUGGGGAAAAUAUCGCUGAUCUAGGCCGACUUUUGAUGCACGGGUCAUUUAGAGUGUGGACAGAACACAAGCAUGAUAGGAUUCGUGACCUCCGGCUGAGACCGAUGCAGCGACAUGUUUUCCUCUACCAGAGAGCUCUCCUGUUGUGUAAAAAGAAGGAUGAACAUCAUGGAAAUAACGACCAACCAAGUUACACUUUUAAAAAUAAACUCAAUUUGUCACAAGUUGGCCUGACCGAGAAAAUCAAAGGAGAUAAAAGAAAGUUUGAGCUGUGGCUGCGGGGCAGGGAAGAAGUUUACAUCAUUCAGGCGCCAGACCUACAAACAAAAGAUACAUGGGUGAAAGAAAUUAAACGAGUUCUAAUGACCCAGUUUGAUAACAUUAAAGCUCAUAAGAAAAUAGAGACUCAACAUUUGUUCAGUGAGAUAACAACUCCAGUGUCGCAGCUGUCGAGUGAUUCUUCUGAUUACAGUUUAGACAACUGGAAGUCAACAGAGUCUGACAGACACGCUCCGAUGCCUCAAGGUUUGGAACUACUUUCACCCCCGUCUCCAGCGUACAAUGAUAGGCUGGAGGAGGAGGAUGACUACGAUGAUGACUACGACAGGGGCUGGUCAUCAGGAGAGUUCACAGACGAAGAGACCACAGAAUGCUACAUUCCAAAGAUUGAGCCUUCCUACAAAGAACACUUUGUCUCACUGGGAGACUACUCUGUGAUUGACCCGACUGAACUCGGCCUACGAGAAGGUGACGAGGUGGAGAUCAUGAGGGUCGGCACCAACGGCUGGUGGUACGCUAAACAUCUACGCACCAACCAGGAGGGAUGGGUUCCAUCCACUUACCUCGAGCCUAUAUCCCGAUCUGCCACCCUGUAUUCUAGUUCUGGUGUUAAAACAUGAGACAGUCCUAGUAUUCUCUUUGUGUGGCCGGGGCCAAAGGUGAACUGAUCAGAAGUCGAUCUGCCAGUCCCUACUAUCGUACCAACAGUCCAGUCCCUGAGACUACAGUCUAAGGGAACUUACUCUUCAUCCGAUGUGUGAUUGUUUUUCUUUGCCAUGUGCAAUACUAAUAAGAGAAGAAAAAUUGCAUGAAGAUUAUUUAUUUUGUUGUUUAUUUAAACAAAAACCUGUUCACCAAAAAAUAAACGAUGAAAGCUUUUUAUUUAAUACUCUCUAUUGGACAACACAGGUGCGUAGAGGCAAAGGAUUAAUCGUUCAUGUUUCUUACCAUUACAUACUGACAACUGACUCAAGUCUGCUGAACUGUGUGUGGUCGUUUCUGACACUGGCCUGCGAUACAUGGUUAUUGUUUAUAUUUGAAAGUAGAUUGUGGAUGUAACAAUCUGGUUGUAUUAAUAUUUUGAGAUUCUAAUUCUGGUUGUGCAAUUUCCAUGGCACUGUAUGCUAUUACAUGUAUAAGAGUUGCCUAUCAUGUCUGUUGAUGACUAUUUUAUUUCAAAUCAUGUAGCUUUUAUAUCUCAAAGGUUAUAAUUGUCUUUUUACUAAAUAAAUGUACAUACUUGUUUGACAGAUUUAUACAAAUAUUGUUUUAGGGAUGAUUAUACCAAUUGUCAGUGACUUGUCUGCCAUGUUAUAUUGAUUUACUUGGAGUUAUAUUGAAGAAUUUCUUGAUAUAAUUUUAGUUUUUAUAUUUCUUCAUACAAAACAUUUUAUGAACUCUGCUUGCACUUCUAGUCUUGAUCUAUUUAAAAUGUUUUUCCUAUUUGUGACCCAGAUUAAUUUGAGGAGUUUAGCUUAGUGACAAGGUUAUUUUGUCUGAACCCACAUCUGAUCAUAGUGAAUUUUUGUGUUAGUAAGUGGUGCCAACUGGUACAAGAAAAUUUUUUUUUUCUUACAUGUUAAUUCCAAAACAAAAGGUCUAUUGGCUGGUUGUGUGAUCUAUGCUUUGAACAGUCAUUAUGACUGUCCAGUAGGAAGUGGGCUUUUUUUUUUUUUUUUUUUUUUGAAUUAAACAACUUUUAUUGAAGUACCAGAAUUGUGAUGAAUUAUAAAUUACAACAUGUGUAUCAAAUACUUCUGAAAAGUGUGUAAAUGUUGCCAAAGACAAGAAAGAUUUUGGUAUACAAUUAGAUUUAAUAAUCUUUGUCUUACAAUAGGUGAGGGACCUAACGAAAAAAUUAGUUUUUCUUCCUCGUUCUUCUAAUUUUUUUUUUGCAAAUAAAUUUUUUAGAGGGUCAACAUUUUGCUUUUUUUUUUUUUUUUUUUUUUUUUUUUUUUUUUUUUUUUGUCUUCUAGGCCAUUACCAUUGGUCUCCCUCAUUUAUAAACCAAAUUUGUUAGGAGGUCCAAUAAUAACCCUUAAAUUUCAAGUCACAUGUUUGAAAGUGUUUUGUUUGUCUUCAAAAAAAAAAAUGUUCGUUUGGCUUGUGAAAAUAUUGUUCCUCUUAAAUAGUUGAAUGUUUAUUCAAAUUUUUUUAUUGUUAAUGUCAACUGAAUGACACAUCUUGUUGUCAUCUGUUGAUGUCAUAAUUUUCUUUUUGUCAUCAUUGUCAAACCUUACAUUCCAGUUGUUUUAAAAAUGUUUCAAAUAUCCACUUCAGAAGUUUAACUCUUUCUCUCCGUAAAUAUUUACCACAUUCUGGGGGAAUCAACGCUGGUAUCGCCAGUUAGGAGAGAAGGACUUAAUGAAGUCAAUUGGUCUUAGUGUUGUUCUUAAACUAUAGAAAUGCUACUACGGAUACAAAGUGGUGACAGAUCCUCCACAUUUCAUUUCAUUAUCUAGUAAAAAAAUCUCAAACUGAUUCUUAUUGCCAGCCUUUUACUUCAAAAACACUAGCAAACAUAAUUUGGGUAAUUUUAAUGACUAAUAUCCAGUUUCAAUUAAAAAUUGUGUAAUCCUGCUUGUUAAAAAUUGAGAUUCUUUGCUGGAAUAUAUGGCAAGUCUUACAGUAUUUAAAAUAGUAGUGCCCAGUCAUAAGCGGGAUCACUUUUGAAAACAUCUAUACAUGUUUUCUUAAUAUUUAUUGAAUUUUGAAUUCUUCUUAUUUUUAUAUAUGGUUGAAUUCUAUUAAAAUAAAAUAAUUUUUUUAGUAUAACAUUCAAAUACUUCAGGGCAGACUGCUCUGAUGGUGGAAUAGAGGAUAAAAUUAUUAUUAAAGAUGAUUAUGUUGACUUUGAAUUAUUUACCGUCAACAGUUCAUAAUUCAGAUAAUCAGAAUGCCAGAUUUAAUUUAUUUCUGUCCUGAACAAAUGCUGUAUCUUCACAUUGUACAUAAGUAUGCUGCUAGCUUUUCAUGGCAACAUUCAGAGAGUGGGUGGUAAAUGGCAUGGCAUCCAAACCAAUGAAUCUAGAGUUCGAAUCCUGGGGAAGACAGAUGCUUAAGUUCAGUCUCAGCUCUACCAGGCAUCAGACAUUUGUUGUGCCUGACAUUUGUAGCAAAAGUAAAGCUUAGAGGAGGAGCAAUUGAUGGUUGGUAAAGCACUUGGCUUCCAAACCAGAGGGUCCCAGUAUCGAAUCCUGGUGAGCGUUUAGGGUGCCUUCAAGUCCACCCAGCUCUAAUGGAUACCUGACAUUAGUUGGGGAAAAGUAAAGGCGGUAGGUUGUUGUGUUGGCCACACGACACCCUCAUAAAAAGUGGGGCCGCAGUAACAUGACCACAUGGUCUGAAAAGGGGGGGGGGAGAUCUUUACUUACUUAAAGCUUGGAAAAGGCUGAGCAUUGCCAAGAAUCUACUGCCCUAGGCAUGCUGAUAUGACACAAAGUCAUCAGUCGUCAACUGCCCUAGGCAUGCUGAUAUGACACAAAGUCAUCAGUGAUGCCUCCAUGAUGCUUCCCUAUGGAUUACAGAAUUUACUUUAUACUUUGUAUGUAUGCAUUUUGUUGUCAUUGUCAAACCAGAUGAACUACUGUGAUAUGAGCUACAAGCUUUGCUCUUAGAGUUGAUUUCAGUUUUCUUCUUCGCUGUGUAUAUAUGUUUAACAAAAGUACUGCAGAUUCUUAAGACUUGAGUUAUAUUAUAAUUAACAGACAGUGCAAGAACUCUGGAAGGAGUUUAGGUUUUCUUCUUACUGUGAAAUUUUUCUAGGUCAGACCAAAUGGUUGUGCCACAUUCAUUUCAAUAACAAAAAAAAAAAACAACUUUAGAUCCAUAUGCUGUUACAGACUAAAUCUAUGGCCCAACUUUUUUCUGUCAUCCUAAGUUUGGUAGUUUUUACACAGUGAGCCACUUAGGAGUCUGACUUGGGCCAAGGGUUUGUGACUGAUGAGUCAAUGGCUCUGAGUUUCCAAUCCGCAAAGAAUAUUUGAAUCCUGUGUCCACCCAAGGAUACACCACACCCAAAAAGAUAGCUGGUCUUUACUCUUGAUGCUAAACACAAUUAUAGCUUUUUAGCCAACUAGCUGUAUACAUCAGGGGCCCAAUACACUUUGGUGUCAGAAGUGAUGCAGGUUUAAAAUGUAUACUUUAAGCUGACUAAGGGUUACCGGAUCCUUAUUUUUUUCUUAGGGUUAACUCUCGAAGCCUCACCCAUUGUUUGGGUAUGGCCGCAUGGCAUUAAAGAUUUUGACUAAGUUUUUUUUCUCCUUGUAGCCAGCCAACGAGCCCCUCCUGUGGUAUUAAUGAGUUUUUUUAAAAUCAAUUUUAAGACUUACAGUUUGAAAUAAUUAAGAAAAUGUUUGUGUCAUUUAAAUUUCCCCUUUCUGAUAACUUCUCUUGUCUUUGAACUAAAAUGAAUAUUCAAGAUGCAACAUUACAUUUGGAUUAUACUUAAUCAAUGAUAUUUGGUUUUAUUUAAUCAUUUUGUUUUUGGUAAAAGGUUUGUCUGUGCUGCUUUUUGUUUAAUCUUUUGAAAAACUAAUUUGUAAAAGUCACUAAUUCAUAUUAUACUAAAUAUAGGCCUUUACUCGUUUGGAGUAGGAUAUAUAUAUAUCUAGACCACCUGUACUUGAAUGGUAUGCAUGUUAAAAUUAAGUAGUCUGAUUUAGGUACUUUUUCUUACUGCCACUGCCACAAAUGUUGGAUAUUACUAAUUGUAGAGACCUGAUGGGAAAGCAAAAUUAGAACCGGUUGGGGGGAUAAUUUUAGAAAUCACUAAAGUGAUCUGAAUUCUCCAAUUGAGUGAAUGUGAAUUCAGUUGUGUGGAUUUGAAUUCACUAAUUCACUUUUGUGCCCAUUUCACACUUUUACCAGCAGAGAAAUUUGUGUUUUUGUAACACAAGAAAAGAAGUCUACAGCUGAUUAAAUGCACACACCAAGUUUUUUGGCAAAGUGAAUAUUUUGAUGAAAAUUUUUUGAUGCGCUUGUUUGAACAUUCCCUUUUUAACAAUCUUGCAAGUUUAGUUUAUUUAUAAAAUGCAAGAUGAAUUAGAUACAAAUGACUUUCCAUCUUUGAAAUCUCAACCCUAGUAUUUUCUUUUUUUAAUGCACAAAUGAUUUUUUAUUUAUUUUGAUUGUGAUUUCAUGUGCAAAUGAUUUCAAUUCUCUCAAAGGUUGACGAAUAAAAGUCACUCUUGAUCAA